CCUCACAAAACCCACCGUCCCAAACUAGAAGUAAACUUCUCGAAAUCAAUAUUAAAACAGUUUGGUCCUCACCGCAAGUUGCUAAUUCAUGAUCAGUGAUGAGCAGUAGGAAAGGUUUCUGCUUCUCCCGCUUAAAGUUGCUGCUCCUGAUUGUUACAGUUGCAGCAGCUGCUGAUCAUAACAGAACAUGUACGCCCUCCGCAUGCGGCAAAGUCACCACCAUAACACAUCCUUUCCGGCUGAGGGGCGACCCUGCAAGCUGUGGCGACCGGAGGUACGAGUUGUCUUGCGAGAAUAACAUCACCCUCUUAUAUCUUUUUCCCGGUAAAACCUACCAUGUUCAGGCAAUAAACUACAACAACUUCACGAUCCGGCUUCUAGAUCCAGCCAUCUCAGAGAAUGACUGUUCUACCCUUCCUCGCUAUUCUUUAUCCCUAACCAAUUUCAGUACCUUUGGGGAUGACUAUUAUUACAAAACAGUCGCCGAAGUCGGCACCGGAAAAUACGAAUUCCUUCAAGAACGAGUCUCCUUAAAUGGCUCCACACCGGAGGAGAACGCAGUGAGAAUGUUCGAGCACGUGGUGUUCUUGAACUGCAGCAAUCCGGUGAGGGACGAUCCACGAUACGUGAACACUGCUCCUUGCAUUAAAGAAGGCGGUAAUAAUGUUUAUGCUGUGCUUGGAGACUUGGCGGUGGUUGAAUUAAGAGAUGAUUGCCGUGUGAAGCUGAUUGCAGCCUCAUCGUUUCUUGUUCCACCGAGAUUAUAUUAUGAUGAUUCAGUGUUCAUCGAGCAGAACUUGGCAUACUCUGAAAUCCAUAAGAAACUCAGUUACGGAUUUGAACUUUCGUGGAUGUAUGGGUUUGCUUGUGAAGAUAAAUGCGGGAUGAAGAAUUUUUGCGUAUUCAACGAAAUCACUCAGAACAUCACCUGUGGGGAUCCGGAUAAUCCCGUCUGUGAUUACACUUCACUGCUGAACUACAAAUGUGGAAACGUGUCAAAGCUACAAAUAAUUGCACAAGAUUUUGCAUACGGAAUUUUGAAAGGACUUCGCAAAGUGUGGCACACGGAUAGUGGUGAACACUUCUCUAAAAGAGAUGUAAUACCUGUUGUUAAGGUUGGAUUAUUCAUGGGAUUGUUUCUGAUCUCAUACAUAAUCCUCAAAUACUCAAUAGGUGUCAUGUUUUUCUUUGCAUUGUUGAUCUACACGUUUCGAAGAAGGCAUAUAUCAAUCUAUGAAAAUAUUGAGGAUUUUCUACAAGGAAAUACUCUCAUGCCAAUAAGAUAUUCAUAUAAAGAGAUAAAGAAGAUGACCAGAGGUUUUAAGGAGAAGUUGGGAGAAGGAGGAUUUGGUGCAGUGUACAAAGGAAAACUACAAAGUGGGCCUUUUGUAGCCAUAAAAAUGUUGGGUAAAGCCAAAGCUAAUGGCCAAGAAUUUAUCAGUGAAGUUGCUACCAUUGGUAGAAUACACCAUGCAAAUGUAGUAAGGUUGAUUGGGUUUUGUGUGGAAGGUUCAAAACGCGCUCUUAUAUAUGAAUUCAUGCCAAAUGGUUCUUUAGAUAAAUAUAUAUUUUCUAAAGAAACAAAUGUAUCUCUAACUUCGGAGAAGAUGUUUGAGAUAUCCCUUGGUGUGGCACGCGGUAUGGCUUAUCUACAUGAAGGUUGUGACAUGCAAAUUUUACAUUUUGAUAUCAAGCCUCACAACAUUCUUCUUGACGAGAACUUCAUUCCUAAGGUCUCAGACUUUGGUCUUGCAAAACUAUAUCCUCUUGAUAAUAGUAUUGUGACUUUGACUGCGGCAAGAGGAACCAUUGGUUACAUGGCCCCAGAAUUGUUCUAUCAAAAUAUUGGAGCAGUAUCUUACAAGGCUGAUGUGUAUAGUUUUGGAAUGCUUUUGAUGGAAACAGCAAGUCAAAGAAGAAAUUUAAAUCCUCAUGCAGAGCAUUCAAGUCAACUUUAUUUUCCAUUUUGGAUAUAUGAUCAGUUGGCUGCUGAGGAAACUGAUGAGAUUGAGAUGGAAACUUUUAUGCAUGAAGAAAGGAGUGAGUUAGCAAAAAAGAUGUUUAUAAUUGCAUUGUGGUGCAUACAACUGAAGCCAAGUGAUCGUCCCUCAAUGAAUAAAGUAGUGGAAAUGUUAGAAGGAGAUGUUGCAAGUAUUGAAAUGCCUCCAAAACCUUCAUAUUGUCCAAAUGAUGUGAUUCAAAGAGAUUCCCAAGUUGACUCAUCAGGAGUAGAUGCUUCAAAUAAUUCUUAUGUGUCUUCAAGUUUUGAGGAGGAAAGUACAUCAAAUCCCUUGUUAAAGUUUUCUGCUUGAUGACCAACAUGGUUUACUUCUUUACAAUCUUGUUUCUUAGUUAUUAAGUAAAAGGACGAGUAAAGACAGUAAAUUUUUUAAUGAA